AUGAAAUCAUUCAUCACUUUUGCAGCGAUUGUUUCUGUAGCUAAUGCACAGAUAACGACACUUUGCGCGCAAUACGGUUCCUAUACAAGCGGUGCUUACUCAGUCAACAACAAUCUUUGGGGUGAAAGCGCUGGUUCUGGCUCCCAGUGCACCAAAGUUAACUCCAUCUCGGGCUCUGGUGUCUCCUGGUCUACAACAUGGACCUGGUCAGGGGGAUCUAGCUCAGUGAAGAGUUAUGCCAACUCAGGUGUUUCUUUCACCAAGAAGCUCGUCAGUCAGGUGAACAGCAUCCCGACUUCUGUACAAUGGAGCUACGACAACACCAAUAUCAAUGCCGAUGUUGCCUACGAUCUGUUUACGGCGGCCAAUAUCAACCACGUCACGUAUAGUGGAGACUAUGAGCUCAUGAUCUGGCUUGGUCGUUAUGGUAAUAUCCAGCCUAUCGGCUCUCAAAUUGCUACCGCUACAAUUGAUGGUACCUCCUGGGCGCUUUGGUAUGGAUCAAAUGGGUCACAGAAAACAUACAGCUUCGUCGCAUCCUCGCCAAUCAAAUCUUUCUCCACGGAUAUCAAGCAUUUCUUCAACUACUUGACCCAGAACCAGGGAUUCCCUGCUAGCUCUCAGUAUUUGAUUGAUCUACAAUUUGGCACUGAGCCCUUCACUGGUGGGCCUGCAACCCUGAGUGUUUCGAACUGGUCAGCAAAUGUUCAGUAA